UAUUGGGAUCAUCAGCUGUCAUAGUGUCAAAAGGGAAAAUGUCACUAUUCUUGUUUACAAAAUAUAUUCCGUGCUAAAAGGGCAAUUAAAGCACUUUCUUUUAGUCAGUCUGUAAUCACGUGAUAAACUAGUCAAGGUAGAUUAGUAUACAAUCGAAUGUAAAGUUGAAAUGGCCAAUGAUCGUGAAGUUUUGCGUCUGGUAUGGGAGGGUAAGAUACCAAUAUGUUUUCAAGCAGAUCCAGCAGAAGUGGUUGGACUUCAACCACCUGAACCCUUCUACCUCAUGGUACCACGUCUUAGCUAUUUGCCCUUAGUUACAGAAAAGGUUCGAAAGCAUUUUGUGAGAUUUAUCUCAAAUGAGCAGCAAGAAGGUGACAUUUGGUUUGAUUGCGAUGGAACACCACUGAAAUGGCACUAUCCAAUUGGUGUUCUCUUUGAUCUCACAAUGGGAGAUGAGGUACCCAAUUUACCAUGGAGUGUCACCAUUCACUUUGGUAACUUGCCAGGAGAGUUUGUCUUCAAGUGCCCCACGAAAGAAGUUGUGGAAGCACAUUUUAUGUCCUGCCUGAAAGAAGCAGAUCACUUGAAGCACCGUGGUCAGAUUGUGUCUGCCAUGCAGAAGAAAGAUCAUACACAACUCUGGCUGGGACUCGUCAAUGACAAAUUUGACCAAUUUUGGGCUGUGAAUCGGCGACUGAUGGAGUCGCACGGGGAUCAAGACAAUUUCAAAUAUAUUCCAGUCAGGUGCUACAAUGAGGAUGGAAGUUAUGUGCAGAAAUUAAUUCAGCCAACAUCCAAGACAAAUCUCAAGCAAACUCUCAAGGAUCUGCUGGAAUAUUUUUCUACACCUGCCCGUCGUGCAGUUGCGGCACGAAUGCAUGGAAUAACCGUGGAUUUAGACACACCUCUUCAAUGGCUCUCUGAACAUCUCUCAUACCCGGACAAUUUUCUCCAUAUCUGCUUACUCUAUGAUGAUGAUAACACCACGAUAGCAGCCGAUAAUGACUCCUCAGUGUGCUGAAACAUCACAUUUUUUUUUGGGGAUCAUUCAAUUGACACUUCGAGUCUAAAUGGCUUUUUUUUUGUACCAUUGAAAAAGCCUCAACAUUUUUUUCUUUAGUUUUCGUACGUGCUCCAAUUUUUACAGCAUUUUCCAUUAUUUUAAAAUUCAUUUUUUACUAGUUUUAAGGCUCUGGCAUUGUAAUGAAGUUCCUAUGUGAACUUUUAUAUAUAUUCCAUUCUCUGUAGACCUGUGGCGCCAUCUUUCAAGUCCUUUACGACUUCUUCCACGUCAGUUAAAUGUCAACAAACAAAAUAUGUCAAAUAUUUGAGGAAAAUAUGUGAAAAAUAAAAGAAAAUUUGUGUAAUCAGUGGAUUUAUGUUAAGAAAAAAAAAAAAGAAUAUAAUCACGAAAGUAUGGAAAAGUA